GGUGUUUGGACAAUGACGCUCCCAGUCAUCAUUUUUUGCAUGCACGUUCCUCGCUCGCGUCGUGUCUUUCUUGCAUGCUCGUCGUACAAACAAGCUCGCGACUUCCGGUUUGUGUUAUUUUCUCCUUCUCCCUUCAAAACAACUCCAAACUCGCUUUCCCAUCUUCUCUUCACGACUCGACACGAACACAUCAAUCAACGAAUACAAGCAGCUUCAUACCAAAGCAUCAGCACUUGCGAACACACGAAACUCAUAUAACGACCACACGAAACACAUCCACAACUCGAGGCCACCGCAAACAUGGGCGCCGUCGUCUCUUGCUUCAAGUCCGUGGUCAAUGCCAUCACAAGCUGCUUUAUGGCUGUUGUGAACGCCAUCGUGGCCGUCCUCAAGGCCAUCGUCAACGGCAUCGUCUCCGUCUUCUGGGCUAUCGCCUCGUGCCUGACUUGCGGCAAGGCUGGUGGACGUCGGAAGAGGGCAACAACGAGCGCGGUCUAGCGUUCGUCACACAUCAAGAACACCAUCCGAUUGUGGACCUCGACACAGUUGGCAAGCAGCACGCGUUUCGGCGCGUUCGCAUGAGGACAUUCGAAUGAGCAUCCGAUUGGGAGAGGGUGGAGGUAUUGUCAUUGGAGGGAGGGGCAGGCUUUCGAGGACUUUUUUCGAUCUGUGGUUUCGCCCGAGUUUCAUCAGCGGUUUCCAGGGAGGCGUAGCAGUGAUACCCAUAGCACGAAUUGCACUAAUACUCUUUUGAUCCG